AUGGCAACCAUAUCGCAGGAGAAACUAGAGCAACUUGCUAAGCUGUGGGUGUCAAUUGACCCAAAUGAGGAGACCAGAGCAGAGAUUUCGAACCUUCUCAAAGACAAUCAAUAUGACAAGCUACAACGCAAAUUGUACCCUCGUAUAGCAUUUGGAACCGCUGGAUUGAGAUCAUCAAUGGAGUCUGGGUUCGCCCAUAUGAAUGAUGUGACUGUUUUACAAGCAUCCCAGGGUCUUGUGGAGUACCUUCUGACCAAAUUUCCCAAUCCUUCGAUCGUUGUCGGAUACGAUCAUCGAUUUCACUCACAAAGAUUUGCUGAGAUUUUGGCUAGUGUUGCUUUACUUAAAGGCUUCACCGUGUAUUACCUUGGAUCGGUUGACAAUUUUUCAUCCGAAUCCUUGAAAUUCUACAAUGGGGUGUUUAAAAAUAAUCAUCAUUCUUGCAGAGAGUACGUUCAUACGCCAUUGGUUCCAUUUGCAAUUGAUCACUUGCAUGCAUCUGGUGGUGUCAUGAUUACUGCGUCACAUAAUCCAGCCAAUGAUAAUGGCUACAAAGUAUACUACGCCAAUGGAUGUCAAAUAAUCCCCCCGCAAGAUGCAGAUAUUGCAGAAUCGAUAGAGAACAACUUGCGGCCAUGCGGUGAUGAUGUUUGGCACAUUAUUGAGAACUUUGAGGACGGGUUGAAAAGAGACAAGUUGAAAUUGGUCAAGCCCGAGAUUGUUGAAGCAUACGUCGCUUCUGUUAAAGACAAGCUAGUCAAGGAGGCUCGUCUUGAUUUUGACUUUGUAUACACUCCAAUGCACGGUGUAGGAUUGGAAAUCUUUGAAAAAUGCAUUAGGUUAUUCAAUACGAAAAACUAUUCAGUUGUUGAAGAGCAAAGCAAACCUGAUCCUUCUUUUCGAACGGUGAAGUUUCCUAAUCCAGAAGAGAAAGGUGCACUUGAUCUAGCUAUCGCCCAGGCUCAACUGACGGGCUCCAAGUUAGUCAUUGCCAGCGAUCCUGAUGCCGAUCGUUUCAGUGUGGCUAUUGUUGAUAAGCAAGGGAAAUUCAAACAAUUGACAGGUAAUGAAAUUGGGUUUUUGUUUGCCAUGUACGUGAUUGAAAACUUGGACAGGGCAAAGAUAUCCAAUACAUACUUGUUAAACUCGACUGUUUCAUCGCAAGUUUUGAAAUCCAUGGCUGAAAUAGAUGGAUUCAACUUUAUUGAUACGUUGACUGGGUUCAAGUGGAUUGGGAAUAAGGCCAUUGACUUGGAAAAUGAAGGUCACUAUGUUCCAUUCGGAUACGAAGAAGCAAUAGGGUUUAUGUUUAACUUGGUGCACGAUAAAGACGGGAUUUCUGCCGCUGUUGUAUUUUUGCAAUUAUAUCAACAAUGGUUUAGCAAAGGCGACGUGAGUGUCGUUGAUAAACUUGAACAAGGAUAUAAAAAGUACGGCUGGUAUAAGGAUUUGAAUGGAUAUUACCGAUUGAGCGAUGUCAGCCUCACACCUAAGAUUUUCGAAUCUGUCAGAAACUCGUACUCCAGUCACGACUACCCACAGACUAUUGGCAACUUCAAAGUUACCUAUUGGCGCGAUUUAACCGUUGGUUUUGACUCAUCUACGCCCGAUGAUCAUAAGCCCAUCUUACCGGUUGACCCUCACUCACAGAUGAUCACAGCAGUUCUUGCACCAUUUGAGAAACCUCGAAAUGACCAAGACCUUUCAGUGAGAUUCACCUGUCGUGGAUCAGGCACAGAGCCAAAAUUGAAAGUUUACAUUGAAGGUAAGUCUAGCGUAUCUGAAACUGAUGCGAUCAAGAUAGCUGAUGAUUGUUGGGAGACACUCAAAAACGAAUGGUUUAAGCCUAAGGAAAAUGGAUUGGAUGAAGUAAAACCAUAA